AUGACCCAGUUCUGCUCGACGUAUGAAGGCCACUUGUUGAAAAUCCAGUCUGAACGGUCAGUACUGAAGCAGGACCUGAAGAAGUACAACAUCGACCUGGAGGACAUGGAGGAGGUGCGCACCAAAGCGACUGUGAGCGUGCCGUAUCUGCACCUGGCCGUGCAGCACAAAUGGUCUUUUGCCAAGCACUUCCGCUGCAGCUCCUGCAAACACAUUAUCAAGGUAAAGAGGAGCCCAUAUAAGAAAGGCGGAAACACCUCUUCAAAAAUUGCCACCGAACUCAAAAAAAGCUGGGAUGCAAACCGCAACCACUCCAUCGUCCUAGACCUUGCCAAUGGUACGCACCACCCACUCGAAUCUCCCCUCGCCCAAUGUCCCUCCGUUCUGCGCCAUAUCCUAUUCGCGGUCUUGGCAUUUUAG